GCGCGGGCACUCUUGGUAAUUAGUGCGCGUGCUCUUGUGUAAAGGUGGAGGCUCGGCUCGUCGCUGCUGCGCGGCUCAGAAGAAACUUGUGCGUUUGAAACUUUGACAAACAUCGUUAAAUGUCUGCAACAUAGCCAGAGAUAUUUAAAGUAUAUGCUGCUCAAGAACUCUUCCAAUGUCUGACGAAGGCGAGGAAACCGACAACGGCGGGAGAGCCCAUCUCUCUGAGUCUCCCUCGCCGUCUCUGUCUGUCCGUCUUCCCCGAGCAUCUCCUUCCUCACCGCGGCCCCUGCAGCUCUUCUCCUCCGCCUCUCCGCUGCUGGGGGACACAGACCUGCCUUACCUCGCCACUCCGGAGUGUCUUCACCCGUCUCCAGGUUAUCGGGAACCCGGGGACUCCCCGCACCUUACAACGCCAAAGUUCUGCCAGAGCACCGGGGACACCGGCUCUCCGUUUCAUUCGCGGCAGGAUGUGCGCAUAGAUGCGGUGUACGACCGCUGCGAUGACCUGUUUCCCAAGUGGAGAGGACGAGGCGCGGCUAACGCUGAGCGCUUUCAGCACCACGGACAGAGACUCCACCGGGCUCCGGAGCUCCCGGACCACGGGAACCACUCUGUCGAGCACAUCGACGCCGAGUUCAACUCCGAAACCAGGCAAACGGUAGAGGCCAUGCAUCGCCGGCACACCACACUGAGAGAGAAGGGGCGUCGCCAGGCAGUGCGGGGCCCGGCCUACAUGUUCAAUGAACGUGGCUCAGCGCUCACUGCAGAGGAGGAGCGUUUUCUGGAUGCUGCAGAAUACGGAAACAUUCCUGUGGUCCGCAAAAUGCUGGAAGAGUCCAAAACACUUAACUAUAAUUGUGUGGACUACAUGGGCCAGAAUGCUUUGCAGCUGGCAGUGGGCAAUGAGCACCUAGAAGUGACCGAGCUGCUUCUAAAGAAGGAUGGUUUGGCUAGGAUCGGGGAUGGCCUGCUUUUGGCUAUCUCCAAGGGUUAUGUUCGAAUCGUUGAAGCCAUUCUCGCCCACCCUGCUUUUGGCGGAGGACUCCGACUUGCUUUGAGUCCUCUUGAGCAGGAGAUGCGAGAUGACGACUUUUACGCUUAUGACGAGGAUGGAACGCGUUUUUCACAUGACGUCACGCCCAUCAUCCUGGCUGCUCACUGCCUGGAGUACGAGAUUGUCCACAUCCUUUUGACGAAGGGGGCCCGUAUAGAAAGGCCACAUGACUACUUCUGUAAGUGUUCAGAAUGUAUCGAGAAACAGAAGCAAGACUCGUUCAGUCACUCACGCUCCAGGAUGAAUGCAUAUAAGGGCCUGGCCAGUGCAGCUUACCUGUCACUCAGCAGUGAAGACCCUGUGCUGACCGCCCUCGAGCUCAGCAAUGAACUGGCAAGACUGGCCAACAUCGAGACAGAGUUUAAGAAUGACUACCGUAAGCUGUCCAUGCAGUGUAAGGACUUUGUGGUGGGUGUGUUGGACCUUUGUCGGAACACAGAGGAAGUGGAGGCCAUACUGAACGGCGACGUGGACCAGUGCCCUCCAAGCGCCUACAACCGACCCUGCCUCAGCCGUGUCAUACUGGCCAUCAAGUACGAAGUCAAGAAGUUCGUUGCCCAUCCUAACUGUCAGCAGCAGCUGCUGACUAUCUGGUACGAGAACCUGCCUGAUAUGAGGCAGCAGUCCAUUGGAGUGACGUGCUGGACAGUGCUGGGGAUCACCGUAGGUUUGCCCUUCUUGGCCAUUGCCUACUGGAUAAUGCCAUGUAGCAAGCUUGGUCAAAUCCUGCGAAGCCCCUUCAUGAAGUUUGUGGCCCACGCUGUCUCCUUCACCAUCUUCUUGGGUCUGCUGAUUGUCAACGCCUCCGACCGCUUUGAGGGUGUCAAGAACCUGCCCAAUGAGACCAUCACAGAUCACCCGCGACAGGUGUUCAGGGUCAAGACCACCCAGUUUUCCUGGACUGAGAUGUUGAUCAUGAAGUGGGUGUUGGGUAUGAUUUGGUUGGAAUGUAAGGAGAUCUGGAGCGACGGGCCCAGAGAGUACAUCAUGCACCUGUGGAACGUUCUGGACUUUGGCAUGUUGUCCAUCUUUGUGGCGUCCUACACGGCACGCUUCAUGGCGUUCCUCAAGGCGUCCAAAGCCCAGCAGUAUGUGGACAUGCACGUACCAGACGAAGACCUCAGCAACGCUUCGCUACCUGACGAAGUCGCCUACUUCACUUACGCCAGGAACAAAUGGCGCCCCUCAGACCCCCAGAUCAUCUCAGAAGGCCUGUACUCCAUCGCUGUGGUGCUGAGCUUCUCACGCAUCGCCUACAUCCUGCCAGCCAACGAGAGCUUCGGCCCACUGCAGAUCUCACUGGGUCGCACAGUCAAAGAUAUCUUCAAGUUCAUGGUCAUCUUUAUCAUGGUGUUUGUGGCCUUCAUGAUUGGCAUGUUCAACCUGUACUCGUACUACCUGGGAGCCAAGUACAACCCUGCCUUUACCACACUGAGAGAAACGAGAAAAAAACUAAAAUGGGCUUUUAUGUGUGCGUUUUCAUUGUCAUGUACUGUUAUCUUACUGCCGCAUCUUCUCUCGUUCCUUGCAGGGUGGAGGAAAGUUUCAACGUCUCUAAACAUCGGCUACGUGCUGUAUGGAGUCUACAACGUCACGAUGGUGGUUGUCCUACUCAACAUGCUCAUUGCUAUGAUCAACAGCUCGUACCAGGAGAUAGAGGAGGAUGCCGACGUAGAGUGGAAGUUUGCCCGAGCCAAGCUGUGGCUCUCCUACUUCGACGAGGGCCGCACCCUGCCCGCCCGUUGGGCCGCGUUCAACCUGGUUCCCAGCCCAAAGUCCUUCUACUACCUGGUCCUCCACAUCAAGUCCUGCCUGAUACACCUCUGCAAGGCCAACAGCCGUCGCCAUAACAACGAGCUAGAGCUGGGCAUGCUCAACUCACAGGCAAAGGAUGACCGCUUCAGGACUUAUCCGCACCCGGGAGAAGAGUUCAUCCCCAAAAAAUCUAUAAAACACCCAACCAGAUACCAGAAAAUCAUGAAGCGCCUGAUUAAGCGGUAUGUGCUCAAGGCUCAAGUGGACAGAGAGAGCGAUGAAGUCAAUGAAGGCGAGCUGAAGGAGAUCAAGCAAGACAUUUCCAGCCUCCGUUAUGAGCUCCUGGAGGAGAAGUCUGACGCCGCCGGAGAGCUGGCUCUGCUCAUCCAACAACUUGGCGACAAGUUUGGCAAGAACACCAUGAGACACUGACAGGACUCGCAAGAAGGAGAGAGAGAGGGAAGAAGGGAGGGAGGAAGAUGUGAAAGAGUGAGGAGGUGGGGGGCAGAGAGCCGGGUCAGGGAAGGUAUUUUUAAGAGCCUGAUAGGGAAAGAAAACAAGGAAAGUGGGAUGUUUAUGAGAUAGACAGGGAAGAAAGUGGAGGAAAAGCGUGAGAGAAACAAACUGGGCACAGUGAGUGAAAAUGUGCUAACUUAAAGCAAGAGGCAAGUGUUUUGUAUAUGCAAUGACCAAUUAGGGAGAAUUGUGAAAAGAAGAUAGCUGUGACUGCAAGGGUCAGAGGUGAAGUAAAUUCACUUGGUGGGGCUUUGUGUUGGGAGUGAGAGAGGAGAGGAAGACGCAGGCUUGCAGGCUGGGUGGCAGAUAGAGGGAGGAGAACACAAGCACCAGGCGAUAUGAAGAGGCACCACGGGGCAGAAGACUGAUGCAGCACAGCGAUGAGGGCCCCCACAUCCGCUGCCAAGAGACAUCAGUGCAUUACCAACUCGGAUGAAAGGAAGGGAAACCCAGAGAAAGGCUGGGGCGGGGGGGGGACGACGACAAGAAAGAAAGAUAUCUGGAAAAAACCUGCCACUGUUAUUCACACCAGAAAGUCUGGCUUUGCUUCUGUGUCUUCACUCUGUCAGGACAAGCACAGUGACGCCCAUCGAGAUUAUGUACACCCCUUUAUACACCAGGCUAUCUAAUUAAAGCAUUUCCAUCCACAAUGCACAACUUGUGAUCAGGAAAAAGCGGAGAAACAGUGUAGGAUUUAUGCACUCAUUUGAAAGUCACUAAAGCUCCCUCCAAAAAUGCAGUCAGUGACCUUCGUAUGUCUACAUAACACAGUUUGUUGUAUAGACAUUUAGUAUUGCAGCUCCAUGUGAACUGUCACCAAGAGAUCUUGUGUUAGUAGAAAUCAACUUUGCAGAGUUCCAAAAAAAAGGCAGAAGUGCUGAUAACAUUACUCCAGACAGCAUGUAUUUUACCUCACUCAGAAUCAUUUCAAAUACAGUUUACUUAAGUAAGCACAUGCUGCCAGAAAGCAUGCAAUAGCAAAUACAGACAGGAAAAACUUUGUUUUCAGUUUAGGACUCAUGCAUAUUGGAACAACUUCAAGACGAUAACAAUGUUAGAUAUGACCUAGAAAACUGUUCCUUUUCAUUGUGCCUUUGCAGCACAACGUUUCUCUAUUUUCUGAAAUAGUAACCAAAGAGCGACAUGACCCUGAGAUGUUGUGUUUACAGCUGUAAAGUGCAGGAGGUCAGUGCUUAUGAGAAGCACAUGAAGGCAGAAAAACUGUCUGGUCGCUUUAGGGCAACCAGAUGUUUGGGAGGUGAGAAAAUGUGGGAGAUAUAGAGUUAUGGGAUUUUAGACUUCUGGAACAAGUAAUAGUGCAAGUAUUUGGCUAUAAUUGUGCUGCGGAAGCUGUGUGGAGUAAUUUUAUGCUCUUCUUUCUUUUGGAGACUUAUUUAACAGAUGGCUGCACUACUGUAGCUAUGUAAACGGCUGCAUUAGACUUCAUGUCAUUCGACUGACAUGGGUAACAGUUGCAAUGUUGCUUCAACUUUAGAUCUAGAGAAAAUGUUAAAUAUUAAUGUUUGAUAAAGUUCAAAUUCUGCCCAA